AUUCAGAAUCAUCCCAACUUAACACUGAUUCAGAAUCACUUUAAACAAACAUUGAUUCUAAACGAGGAUUCAGAAUCAUGAUUCUGGAUCCAUCUACUAAACGCACCCUAAGACUGAUUUGGCAGAAGAUGAAAACUUCUCGUGCAAGAUCAGCAUCCGAUAUAGAUUCAGUGUCCAUCAUGAUUAGAUCUAGAAGCAACUCAAUGAGCGGGUGCUGAAGUGUUUUUAGGAGUCGCAGUUUGGUCAUCUCCUUGGCGCUCCGUAUGACUAUCAACAUUCAAGCCAACUCAUGUUGUACUUCAUCUUUCGGCAAAUUAAAGUCAAUAAGAAUAAAGAAAUGUGGCUCUGACGAUACAAGGCACUCCGAUCCAAUUCUCCAUGGAGGAAUACACGACGAUCAUGGGGAUAAACUUUGCUCUGGUGCCAGACGACGAGAGAUUGAAGAUUCCGAAGGAGAACACUCAUCCAAAGUCGUACGUAUUUCAGCUGUAGCAAGAAAGUAUGUGUUGGUGAUCCGGCGAAAAAGCUCGAGGAAACGGAGUCCCGACAUGACGGUAGACGAUUCGAGCAGUUACCAUGAUCACCAACAGCCUGGAGGAGCAGCAGCUCAAUUGGGAGGAGAUUAAGAGAGAGAGAGAGAGAGAGAGAGAGAGAGAGAGAGAGAGCUUGUGACAAUUCAUUGAAUCAUUGAACUUCAA